AUGAAGCUCAACAUCGGCGGAAUAUCUAGACACUCGCUCGUGAUCAAUGGCCAUUCGAGACCCAGAUUCCUCUGCGUCGAGUUUUACGCCCUGCUCAUGACUCUCAAACUCGACAUGACAUUUCCGCCCUCUGAGACCGGCCCGGAAGCGGCAGACACUGUGGAUCGAUCCAUCUUCAAGGAACGACGACAGUUUGAACGAAAUAUGUACCUCCGCGCCGUCCACGCAGAAACCCACCUCCCAACCCUCCUCUCACUAAUCCACUCCAACCCACUCGGCCUCCUAACCACCGCCAUCCCCCCCACGCCAGACUACCCACUAAUUCAACACACCUACAUCCCAUGGGUCCUCGACCCACCCACAAACCUCACCUCUCUGGAAUCAAUCGACACAACACCCAAAGGACCCCUCAAACAACCCAUCCUCGGCCUCCAAGGUUGCCGACUUCGUGGGCACAUGGCUCGCGCGAACCCACACGCAAAACAACUCAUCGCCGCCACAUCUAGCACCUCGGGAACCGAAUGCCUGCCGACUGAAGUGACGGUAAACUUCCGUGCUCCUCAACAGCACUACAUCACGCCGCAGUGGUAUACGCAAACGAAGCAGGAGACGGGGAAGGUCGUGCCGACGUGGAAUUACGUCGCUGUGGAAGUCAGGGGGAGGAUGAGGGUGUAUCAUGAUAAGAGUGAGCGGACGAGUGAGUACUUGCAGACGCAGGUGGAGGAUUUGACGCGGGAGAGUGAAGGGCAGCUGGGGUAUGAGACGACGCCAGGUGGCGAGCAUGCAGACAAGGACGCCGACGUCAGCAGAAACGCAAAGAGUCCAGCGUGGCAGGUCGACGACGCGCCCAAGCCGUACAUCGAGGUUAUGAAGCGGGCGAUUAUUGGCAUCGAGAUCGAGGUCGAGAGCAUUGUGGGUAAGUGGAAGAUGAGCCAGGAGCUGGCGGCUGGGGACCGGGAAGGAGUGAAGAGGGGUCUGACGGGGAGAGAUGAGCUGGGAAGUACGGCGGUGGCGGAGAUUGUGGAGGCGAGGAGUUCGUGA